AUGUAUUUGAAUAUUUUUUCAGGUAGAAGUCAUAAUGAUGUGACUUAAUAUUUCGUUUUUCCUUGGAUUUUUUCCUUGGAUAUUAUUUGUACAUAAGAAAAUAUCGAAAUUUAAAAUAAAAAUUCGUAUAGAAAUUUACAAAAAACAAUGGGAGCCUUAGGCUCUUAAAAAAGAAUUGAAAAAUUCAAAGAAAAAUAUGAACUAAGUGACCCUUUUAAUUAAAAUAUUCCUUCUUAUUUUUUCGGUUCUCAUUAUAGUUCACCGGCUAUUGUUUUUUAAUUUUUGAUAAGAAUUUAGCCUUUUGGACAGGGUGCACUUCUUUUAUAAAACGGGAAAUUUGAUAUUGCUGACAGGCUUUUUUUUUCAAUUAGUGAAACAUACAAAAAUGCGACAGAAGAAAUGAGUGAUGUACGCGAAUUAAUUCCUGAAUUUUUUUAUUUACCAGAAUUUUUUUUGAAUAUGUAAAAGCAUGACUUUGGAAUUUAAUAAACAGGUGAAAGGGUACAUAAUGUAAUUUUACCAUAAUGGAGUUUAUAGAAUCCUUUUUUAUUUGUGUUUAUUCAUAGAAAAGGAUUAGAAAGUGAGUUUGUAUGUGAAAAUAUUAAUUAAUGGAUAAAUCUUAUUUUCGGGAUUAAAUAAAAAGGAAAAGAAGCGGAAAUUUUUUUAAAUAAAUUUUUUUAUUUAACUUAUGAAGAUUCUAUUAAUAUUGAUUAGAUAAAAAAUGAAGAUGAGAAAAUUAGUAUUGAAAGCUAAGUUAUGCAUUUUGGGUAAACUCCUUCUUAGAUUUUAAAUUAAUAAUUUCCUGUUAAAAACUGUUUUUUUGAAGAAGAAAUUUUUAUUUUUUGUUAAAAAUUUAAAUUUGAAUCAAUUUUAAUUAUUUAAAUAAUUUCUGAAAAAAAUAGAAUUUUUACAUUUAGUAAAAAGGGAAUUUUUUAACUUUUUAAAAUUUAGAAAAAUGGAUUUUCCCUUAAAAAUGUUUGGAAUAAAUAAUUAAAUUUUUUUUCAUUUUCUUCAUUUGAUUUUUCUUGCAAAUUUAAAAAUUUACCUUUUCUAACUUAUUCUUUUUAAGAGAAAAUUUACUUUUUAAUAGGGGGAUAUAUUGAUGGAUAGGUAUAGUUUUAUUCUUUUUCAAAAAAAAAUGAUUCAAAGUAAAUUAUUUAAAAUAACUUUAUUAAUAUUCCAAAUAAUAAUUCCACUAUUACAGCUUUUUAAAUAAACGAAGAUGAUUAGAUUAUUUUUAUGGGAAAUAAAUAGGGAGAAUUGGCAAUUUUCUAAUUUAAUCCGCUAUAAGAAGUAUAAAUUUAAGAAAUUACAAGAUUUUAUUAACAUUUUGAAGAAAUUACAUGUCUAUAAGUAUCAAAAUACUUAAAAAUUUUAGCUUCAAGUAGUUUAGAUGGAACCAUAAAUAUAUAUAAUUAUUUUAACUAUAAAUUUUUGAGAAAUAUAUCUCAUCCUAAAAUGCUUUCAAUUAAUUCUUUUUUACUUGUAGCAAGCCCUGUAUGUUCUAUAUUGUUUUUUUCAUCUUAGGAUUGUGUAUUUUACUCAUAUAGCAUUAAUGGAUAAUUGCUUUCAAAAUAUUAAGAAGAUACACCUAAUAUAUAUGAUAUGAAUAUUAUUAAAAACGAUAAUUUUAUGGAAUUUCUAGUAUUUUUUUAUUUUAUUUUAUUUUAUUUUUAAUUUUUAUUUAUUUAUUUCAGAUUUAUUCAGAUUAUGAGAAUUAAUGCUUUAAAAUAUUAGAAUUACCUUUUUUAAAAGAAAUAAAAAUGA